GCCUUGGGGUGGAAAGCGCGCAUUAGCACCAGGAUGCGGCCGGGGAAAGCGUACCUGACGGGGGGUGAAAGCGCCCCUUCUAGAGAUACCCCGGCCGGCGCCCGAGCCGCAGUCCACACGAUGCCGCUGCCCGCGUCGCUGCUGGUGGUACUGCUGCUGUGCGUGUCGCUGGGUCCGCGCGCCGCCUCCGGCCGCCCCCAGGCGCCGCCCCCGCAGCCGGUGUCGCCGCACGUGCUGGCCGCCGCCAGCAGGGGCAGCACCCACCACCUGGCCAGGGUGCUCUCCGACGACGGCUUCGUGCGCCGCCAGCUCGACUGCGUUCUGGGCGACGCCCCCUGCGACGCCAUUGGACGCAAUCUCAAGCGGGUGAUUCCCGAGGUGGUGCUGAACGAGUGCCGGCGGUGCUCGCCGCAGCAGGCGGCCAGCGCGAUGCACCUCAUGGACUUCCUGGACAGCCGACACCCCGGCGUUUGGCAGGCCGUCCGGGAAAAGUACUCCAGCGGACGGUGACCGUCGCAGUUCUACCUAUAUAACACAUUUCUUUUUCUAUCUUUUUCUAAUAAAACUACAUCUAAAAAGCAA